ACACGGUUAUAAACAAGAAACUUUGACCCCUUUUAACGCGCACUGUGUUUAAUGAUUUGCUCGGGUUUUUCAAGGGGUUACUUCUUCUUUCCAAUUACAUUAUUUACUAAUGGGGGUCCUUUUGGUAGAAUGUUUAGUCAAUGGUAAACUGAAAGUAUUGUAGCGCAGGAAGAGCUUUUACUUUCGCUUUCUCUGAAACAGUACAGUAUGGGUGUGUUUUGGUCUGCGAUUAAGCUGCCGUGUCAUUUAGUCCUGUUUAUAUUCAGACAUUCUUGUCCUCUUUUCUCCUACAUUGCGACCCUGUUCGGCGUUAUGGAUAAACCUGUGACACCAGGCAGGAGAAUGGGUAACUUCUUAGCGAAUAACGAGUACCAGUCAGAGCAGUAUGACUCCACGUGGGACGAUGGCUAUGAAGACACUUCAGAGGUGCCUGAGCAAUGGACCUACCGCCCACAAAGGAACUUAAAUGCUGCAAGAGACGUUCAAACAUACAGACACUAUUGCAUGGAAAUCUGGGAACAUGUGACAGACGAUGAGGAUGAGGACGACAACGACUUACCAAAUAUAAAGUUUUACAGAAAUCAGAUCCACUUCGUCCCUGACGGUGUGAACAUUGAGGAAUUUCACAAAACCUGGUCUAAGGAUUACGACAGGCUGGAAUAUGUGCACUCUUACAUUCAAUGGCUCUUUCCAAUACCAGAGAAAGGAAUGAACUAUCUAUCGUCUGAGCUUAGCCCAAAAGAAGCCAAGCUGUUCUGUACGGACGAGGAGGUGAGGAGAAGGCUAUUGGUGUCUUAUAAGAUCAUGUUGGACUUCUAUGGCAUCCAACUUGUCAAUGAGGAAACCGGAGAAGUUCAACGUGCAGAAAACUGGAGUGAGCGAUUUGAUAACUUAAAUAGAAACACACACAACAAUCUUCGCAUUACCCGCAUCCUAAAGUGCCUGGGAUUACUGAAGUUCAGGCAUUAUCAAGCACCUCUGGUUCGUUUCUUCCUUGAGGAGACUCUGGUAAAAAAAACGCUCCCGCGAGUCAGGCAGAGCGUUCUAGACUACUUUAUGUUCACAGUUCUGGACAGAAAGGAGCGACAAGAACUGAUCAAAUAUGCUUUCUUAAGGUUUAACCAGAGAGAGAAAUUUGUGUGGUGUCCUAGGAGGAUUUGUAGUAAGUUCUUGAAUGAGGAACGAGCAUCGAUCCACAAUAUAUAUACUGAUCCCAAUGAAAAUGAUUCAACCUCUCGACGCGAUCACAGUGAUCUGAUGAACAGCAGUGUGCAAUUCAUAGACGAAAUCAAAACCGAUACUAAUGAAGACGCACAUGCUGGGAAAUUGUCUAUCAGUAAAGAUAAAAAUGAUGAGAAUGUGUCAGGUGAGUGCCACGAUUCUGAAAAACAGGCUUUACCCGACCAUGCUGAAGGAAAUGCUCAUACGAUUGACAUUAAUGAAGUAUCUGAAGCUCCAACAGGAGCUGAUUCUCAGGAUGACCAUCACCUUAAUUUAGAAGCUGCAGACCAAGAGGAUGCUAUUAAAGCUGCAAAAAACUCUGUACCAAAAGCUACAGAAGAAAAUGAGGAUGACAGUAAAUUUGCUGACUCUACCAAACAGCCAGUGGUGGCCAGUGAUCAAAACACUGAUGAAACUCCUAAUCACGAGAACGUUGCGCGCAAAACACCUCCAUCGCACGGAAACUCCGCAAGCGAGCAAGAUGCUCUCGAACACGAAGGAGACGAAUUAAAAGAAGGGAAUGGAAAUGAGCAUGGUGAUCUAGAUUCCGAAAAACACGAUUCGGUCGAAAUCCAGAAAAGCGUCAAUGAACCGGCAGACCGGAUCGUCAGUGGGGCGAAUGGAACUGCCACAAACGACGAGGCAAAUCCUGCAUGCAAUAAAAAAUCAGCAGAUACAAAAAGUCAAAAAUGUAUUUCUAGAGAGGACAUUGAGUCAAACGCAAGCUUCGAACAAACCUCAGUGAGCAGGACAACUGAUAAAGUUGACACUGAAUCUGAACGGGUCGCUUUUAACUUAACUCGGGUUACUCCUGGUAAGGAUGAAGAGACAGGAGAGAGGAGCGAAGGAAAGCCUGCUGGGGAAGAUGAUACCGAUUCAGAUACAGAUGUGAAAGGUGAAGAAGCUGAAAUAUGAUAUGAUCUCCACUCAGGUUUAAAUGCUUUAUUUGUCAAAAUGUAUUUGUGUGUGUGAGAGAAACUGUUGCUUUCCAUGAAUAUGAAUGUUUUUGAUGGAUUUUUUUAAUUUUAUAUAUUCAUCAAGUCAUGGAGCCUAUUUGAGAUUCUUGUGCAUUAAUGUGCAAGUCUAUUUUUAUUAGAGUGUAGAUUAUACAAACUGUGUUGCAUAAAUUGUAUGGAUUUUGAUGGUCAUUGCUGAAGUUGUGCAAUAAUAGUUAUAAAAUCACGAUCUGCUUAAUUUAGGGCAAAGCUGCUCCACACUAGGGCUCACAGGACAAAGUUGGCCCGUGGUGACAUUUGAUUUGGAUCUCCAUACAAUGUGUAUUAAAAGACUGGGGGGAAAUGGCAUUUAGAAAAACCUUUGAAAACUAAGGACCAAUUCUAUGUUUCUUAUUAGAGCUUAUAAGAGCUCACAGUGGACUAUUGGACUGUUUCUUGUUGAACAAUAUGUUUCACUGAACCAGAAAUUAAUAUAAUGAAAAUAAAACUGCAUUAGUUACACA